AAGAACAAUGUUUGCCUGAAAUGUAGCAAAACAUUUAAAUAUAUUAGGCUAAGCUGGGCAAUUCAGACCAAAGUCUUUCUUGAAAAUUCGACGCUUCAUGGAGUUAAAUAUAUUGCAGAUGGUAAUAGACCCACUUACGAAAGGUUACUAUGGUUUCUUUGUGUUCUAGUAGGUGCAGUUUCAACAAUGGUUGUAAUAUUUAGUCUAUGGGACAAAUUUCAAACAAAUCCGACUAUAACUGGUCUGGAUACAGAUUUUCACAAUUGGGACGUUCCCUUUCCAACUGUAACACUAUGUCCUGAACAACCUGGUAGUGUAGAAAAAAUUAAAAAACUUUUAAAAAUAACAGAUGAAGUGAUGACACCUAAACAAGAAGAAGAAAUUGAUUUUUAUGUGGAUCUUAGUAAACUGUCAAUAAGAACAAUUCCCAAAUUUGUAAAGAAACACGAAAAAAAUCUUUUUCAGAUGCCUAAUGUUUCACGUGAUAUCCGAAAACUAGUUUUUGAGUUGGCAAAGCCCUGCGAAGAUAUCUUUUAUAAUUGCGAGUUCAGAGCAGCACCAAUCAAAUGCUGUCAUGGAGAUAUCAGUUUUUAUUACCUGCUAACUGAAAAUGGAUUAUGCUACGCUUUCAAUUCCCGAUACGUCGAAAGAGAUUAUUUAGGAGACGUGCAGCUUAAUAUGCAGUAUAUUAAGGAAACGGACACUAAAUGGGCGCUGGAGUUUUCCGUGAGUUCCGAGGAAGUUUUAACUCCGGUAAGUUAUUUGAUCCUAAUAACUCUCUUGUGA